ACUGAGAUCGAAAUGGAGCUGCCAGGAGUUCUCCUUUUUAUAGUUCUGGGUGUCAUUCGUAUCUCUAAAUCCCUGGGAGCUGUUCACGAUGAGCUGCCUCAGUGCGGAUUGCACGGCGUCUACAGGCAGCGACAGAGUCUCGUCGAUUCACCCAAUUAUCCGGACAAUUAUCCGGUGAACACCUGCUGGGACUAUGUAAUUCGAUCGCCCUACCGUUGCCCCACCAAGUUUCACAUUCAGUUCCUGGACUUUAAGCUGGAGCUGUCGGAGAACUGCAGCCGGGAUUAUCUGGCCAUCGGGUUGAACAACGACGGCGACGACAUGGACGUCCUGUGCGGUCAGGUACUGGGCAUCAAGAAGUAUCACACGCCCGAUGGAGUCCUUCGGCUGCGCUUCCUCAGCGAUGAUUCGCCUUGGACGACAAACGGUGGGUUUCGACUGCUCAUCACUCGCUUGGCCUGCGAACGGGAGGAUUUGGUGGCCAGGGGACUGGACGGGGAUGAGGACGAGGUGGCUGUGGACGGGGACACGGUGCAGGUGAGCGCCAAGUCGCCGCCAAAGAAGCUGCACCAUCACCACCACCAGCAACAACAACAGCAAACUCCGCAGCAGCAGCAGCAACAGGAGCCUACUUUCAACUUUACGCAGCCAAAUCGCUUGGGUUUUAACUUUGGCUUGCCACCUGCUCUUGGUUAUCCUGCAGGAUUUUACCCACCGCCUGCAGGAUUAGCUCCCCAGCACUCACCCCCUUGUGCACCCCAGCAGCAGCAGCAACAAUUGUUGCAACAGCAGCAGGAACAGCAGCGAUUCCUGCAGCAGCAAUUCCUGCAGCAACAACACCUCAUGCAGCAACAGCAACUGCAACUUCCUCAGCAGCAACAGCAGAUCCUACAGCAACAGCAACUGCAACAGCAGAUCCUUCAGCAACAGCAACUGCAACAGCAGCAACUUCAGCUGCCCCAGCAGCAACAGCAAGAGUUGCCCCUAAUUUCCGAUCAAUAUCAGACCACAUCCUUUCAACCGCAUGCCGUAACGCUCAAGGAUUACGAUUCCCAGACCUUGCAGCAGUUCGGUGGUCAGUUGGAUCUCUGCUGUGCCAGCAGUUUCAAUCAAAAUCACUUCUAUCUCUCCAGUCCCGGAUUUCCCAGAACUGUUUUGAACUAUCUGCUGCCCAAUCAGCAGAGGGAUUGUGUUUUCUACAUAGAAAAGAGCUCGCCAAAUGUCUGCCGCCUGAGGAUACAGUUCAAGUUCUUUGACUUCGGACAGAAUUCAGGAGGUUUUGGAGGAGGAGUGUCUGGAGGAGGAUUCAAUGGAGGGGGAUUCAAUCAGGGAGGAGGAUUCGGCGGCCAACAUAACUGCAAUGGUGACUUCCUAGAAGUGGAUGGUCAGCGCUACUGCGGCUGUCGUUCCGGCUACAUCCACAAAUCGCAUUGGGAUCAGGGUCGCAAGGCGCUGCGCAUGCGCAUUGGUCAGUCGAGCAGCACCACCUCGAAUGGCUUCCUGCUGGAGAUAUUCCAGGAUCAGGACUCCGAUGGCUGUCGGCAGGAUGUUGGAUCCGGAUUUGGCCUGGGUCUUCAACAACAACAGCAGCCUCAAAGAGGUUUGGGUGUUGGUUUAGGAGUGGGUUUGUGGCCCCAAGUGGGCUUCCAGCCUCAAUUGGGUUUGCCCCACCCACAGCAACAGCAACUUUGGCCCAUGCAGACUGGUUAUCCUGGCUUUGUUAGUAAUUAUCCUUUGCCCUUCGCGGCUACUCCUUACCGAACGGCCAGAAGGAUUUCCUAUGCCCGCGGAAUCGAUGCCCAGCAGCCUUCGCGAGUGGUGGAAACGAACUCUACGCGCAAGGAAUUCUACUACUUUGAUGGCGACGAGGCCUUUGCUCGUACCGCCUUGGAGGAUGAGGCCGAAGACAAGGCCUCUUUGGGGGUCUCGACCCAACCGCAGUCUCAUUUACCAUUGCAAUCCCAACUUAAAACCGAAUCUCCAGUGGUCACAAAAGCCUUCGAGCAGAGCAGCUGCUCCUUUGACUACAUGGAGGUCCUAAAACUCUCCGUCGACACUCUCUGGUUGACCAAACCCUUGUGUUUUUCACCUCUGAGAAGUUGGUUUCCCAACAUUUUCGGCUAAUUGAGAAAUAAAAGCUGGACUAUUUAAUGUAGCUAAAAAAUGUUUUUAAUUAUGUAAAAGAUUUUUGAAGCAAU